AGAAGUGACUCAGACAUCUUCAUGGCCUCUAAAGAUGCCCAGAACCAAAGAAGAGGUCUGCCUAGUUUUCUUCCUGGAGCUCCAGAUCCAGACCAAAACCUUCCUGCCUCAUCUUCCAAACCAGGGAACCAAGCGUGGCAGCUGAGUCGCCCUUUGCCAAGAAGUUUCCUGCCAACAUUAGAUCUGAUAAUUAUACACCAGCAGGUGGAGCUGCUUGGAAUGAUACUUGGUACUGAGACCUCCAACAAAUAUGAGAUUAAAAACAGCUUGGGACAAAGAAUUUACUUUGCAGUGGAGGAAAGCAUCUGCUUCAAUCGUACUUUCUGUUCCACUCUGCGAUCUUGCACCCUGAGGAUCACAGAUAACUCAGGUCGAGAGGUCAUUACAGUGAAUAGGCCCUUGAGAUGUAACAGCUGCUGGUGUCCUUGCUACCUCCAAGAGUUAGAAAUCCAAGCCCCUCCUGGUACUAUAGUUGGUUACGUUGCACAGAAGUGGGACCCCUUUCUGCCUAAAUUCACAAUCCAAAAUGCAAACAAAGAAGACAUUUUGAAAAUUGUUGGUCCUUGUGCGACAUGUGGCUGUUUUGGCGAUGUGAAUUUUGAGGUGAAAACCAUUAAUGAAAAGCUUACAAUUGGGAAGAUUUCAAAGUACUGGUCAGGAUUUGUAAAUGAUGUCUUCACAAAUGCUGACAAUUUUGGAAUUCAUGUUCCUGCAGAUCUAGAUGUAACAGUCAAAGCAGCCAUGAUCGGUGCCUGUUUUCUCUUUGAUUUUAUGUUCUUUGAACAUUCACUGGCUGGAUUAUAAUAACCAAGAUAAUAAAAACAAUAAAAUAUGCAGAGCGUAUUUCAAAUUCUUUAGAAUAUUUCAAAGCACUUCCACACAUAUGACUGGCCUGCAUUGGACCUCACAAGAAAACAGAGGGUUUCAGUUGUACAUACCAUCAGAGAUGCCCAGGUACAACCUCUGUAUACUGAAGACUUAGAAAAUGAGAAAUAUAAAAACUAAAUUACUUUGUUUUA